AUGCCCUUUCUAUCACCAACCGUUAUACCACAUGAAGAAAGCACAUCUUCUCAUGUUGCUAGAAUUAGAGAAACUUUACUAGGACUCAAAAUUACUUUACCUUAUAUAGCCAAUAAUGAACAUUUCAUGCUUAAAAAAGUUAGCAUACCAGUGGGGGAUAUUUUAGGACAGCGUAAGAACAAGACCUUAAAUGAAUGUAAUGAAGAAUGCAACAGACAUCAUGGAUGUAAAUCUUACCAGUACAAUGAGGAAAGUAAAUUAUGUGUUCUGAGUAAUGUGACUCAGUGGACUGUUGAACUUACACUCAACAAAAAAUCUGUGGAUGUGUACAUAGCUAACCCUGUUUACUCAAAGAUUGAUUGUGGAACUCCAAAAGAUGUUGUUGGUGCAUUCAAGUUGUACAAUACCACCACCUAUGAAUCUGAAGUGAUCUAUACUUGCUCAAAUGGAGAACAACUAAAGUCAGAAUGUGAAAAGGACAAUAAAUGGAGUUCUGUGGCAUCUGUUUGUAACGAUUAUACACAAAUAAACUGUGGAACUCCAAAAGCUAUUGCUAAUGCAAUGAAGUCUUAUAAAACCACCACCUAUAAAUCUGAAGUGACCUAUACUUGCCCAAAGGGAGAAAAGUUCAAGUCAACAUGUGAAAAGGACAACAAAUGGACUCCAGUAGCUUCUGCUUGUAAAGAUAUUCAGAUCCAUUUUGUGAAAGUAAAAGAUGCAGCCCUGGAUGUAACUGAGAAAACAUUAUGGAGUAAGGAAAAAGUAACAGCAGAUGCAUGUGCUGAAAAAUGUUUUUCUGACAAAAGUUGUGUAUCAUUUGAAAUAAUAAAAGCAAGUGGACUCUGUUACUUAUUAAAAAAAACUGCAGCUUCCUCCAAAAUAAAAACAGACCAAAGUAGAGAUUACUACCAACGAGUAAAAUCUGACGAGCCCUUGAAGCUUAAGCAAGUUAAUAUACCAAAGGCUGUUAUUUUAGAACAGCUUAAAGAUAAGACCUUAAAUGAGUGUAAUGAAGCUUGUCAAGAAUAUGAAGGAUGUAAUUCUUAUGAGUACAAUGAGAAGGAUAAACUGUGUGGUCUAAGCAAUGUGACACAGUUGACUGGUGAACUUAAACCCAACAUUGGAAAUUGGGAUGUUUAUAUCAUUAACCCAGUUUUUACAAGAGUUGAUUGUGGACCACCAAAAGACAUUGCUGGUGCUUCAAAGUCCUAUGAAACCACUACCUAUAAUUCUGAAGUAAUCUACACUUGUCCAGAAGGAGAAAAAUUAAAAUCGAUAUGUGCAGAUGACGAUAACUGGACCCCAGUAGCAUCUUCCUGUAAAGUUGCUGAGCUGCAUUUUGUGAAAGUCACAGAUGCAAUUCUGGAUGUAUCCGGAAAAAUUUUGGUCAAGGAAAAUGUAACCAUAGAUGCUUGUGCUAAAAAAUGUUUGGAUGAUUCAAAGUGUUUAGCAUUUGAAAUAACUAAAGGAAGUGGAAAUUGUUACUUAUCUCAACAAACGGCAGCUUCCACUAAGAAAAUUAAAUCAGACAAAAGCAGAGACUAUUACCAACGAAUAAAAUCAAAAGAAGAGAUUUUUACAUUUAAAAGAACUCUCAUAAGAGGGGAAGAUAGUUUUGAACGACUGACUAAUGUGAGCUUAAUGGAGUGUUCUCAAGCUUGUCAUCUAAAUCCAAUUUGUAAUUCUUAUGAGUACAAUGAAAAACUUAACUACUGUGAUCGAAGUAAUGUGACUCACUUGACUCAUGCCCUUCAACCCAGCGGAGGAUAUUGGGAUGUUUAUGUCAGAAACCCAGAUUUUGUACUAAUUGACUGUGGAACUCCAAAAGAAGUUGUUGGUUCAUUGAAGUCCUAUAAUUCCACCAUGUAUAAAUCUGAAGUCACCUAUACUUGCCCAACGGGAGAAAAACUGAAGUCAGUGUGUGAAAAGGACAAUAAGUGGACUUCAGUAGCAUCUUCUUGUAAAGAUUCUCAACUCCAUUUUGUGAAAAUAAAAGAUUCAGCUCUGGAUGUAACUGAGAAAACAUUGAGUAAGAAUGCAGUAACAGCAGAUGCUUGUGCAGAAAGAUGUUUUUCUGAUGAAACUUGUUUAUCAUUUGAAAUAACUAAAGGAAGUGGUAAAUGUUACUUAUCAAAACAAACUGCAGCUUCCUCCAAGAAAAUAAAAAUAGACAAAAGCAGAGAUUACUACCAACGAGUAAAAUCUGACAAGCCUCUUCAAAUUAAAAGAGUUAGCUUAUCCGAGAAGGAAAGUUUUGGAAGGCUUGCAAAUGUGAAUUUAAAGAAGUGUAGUGAAGCUUGCUUUCAAUAUCCGAGUUGUAAUUCUUAUGAGUACAAUGAGAAAGCUAAAUUAUGUGAUCUGAGCAAAGUGACUCAGUUGACUGAUCAAUUUAAACCCAACAAUGGAAAUUGGGAUGCAUACAUGAUCACCCCAGUUUACAUAAAAAUUGACUGUGGACCACCGAAAGAUAUUGCUGACACAUCAAAAUCUUACAAUACCACCACCUAUAAUUCUAAAGUGACCUAUACUUGUCCAGGGGAAGAAAAGUUUGAAUCGAUAUGUAAAGAAGAUGAGAACUGGACUCCGGUGGUGAUUGAUUGCAAAGAAACUCAGAUCCAUUUUAUGAAAAUAAAAGAUGCAAUUCUGGAUGUAACUGGGAAAACAUUGUGGGAUAACAAAAAUGUGACAGCAAAAGCCUGUGCAGAAAAAUGUUUCUCUGAUGAAAAUUGUUUAUCAUUUGAAAUAAAUGAAAAAAGCCGACAAUGUUACUUAUCAAAGGAAAGUGCAGCUUCCAAGGAAUUAAAGCCAAUCAAAGGCAGAAUUUACUACCAACGAGUAAAAUUCAAUGAUCAGCAUAUAACAUUUAAAAAAGCUAGCUUACCAAUGAAGGCUACUUUUGAACAGCUUAAGGAUGUGAGCUUAAUAAAGUGUAAUGAAAGUUGUCAUCGAAAGGAAAGAUGCACUUCCUAUGCAUACAAUGUUAAAGAUAAGCUCUGUAAUUUGAGUAAUGUGACUCAGUUGACUACUGAAAUUAAACCCAACAAUGGAGGCUGGGAUGUAUACAUAAUUAAUCCCGUUUACACACAAAUUGACUGUGAAACUCCAAAAGAUAUUGUUGGUACAUCAAAGUCUUACAAAACCACCACCUAUAAAUCUGAAGUAAACUACACUUGUCCAGGAGGAGAACAACUAAAAUCAAUAUGUGAAAAGGACAAUAAAUGGACUCCAGUAAAGUCUAUGUGUAAAGUUCAUGCAAACAUUGACUGUGGAAGCCCAAAAGACAUUGUUGGUGCAGCAAAGUCCUACAAAACCACUACCUAUAAAUCUAAAGUGACCUAUACUUGUCCAAAGGGAGAGCAACUAAAGUCAAUAUGUGAAAAGGACAACAAAUGGACUCCAAUAGCUUCUACCUGUAAAGACGCUAAGAUCCAUUUUGUGAGAGUAGAAAAUGCAACUCUGAAUGUAGUGGGGAAAAUAUUGUGGAAUAAGAAAAAUGCAACAGCAGACACUUGUGCAGAAAAAUGUUUUUCUGACAAAAGUUGUUUAUCAUUCGAAUUAAAUAAAAGCAGCGGAGAAUGUUAUCUAUCAAAGCAAACUGCAGCUACCACUGAGAAAUUAGCAUCAGCCAAAAGCAUAGAUUAUUACCAACGAGUAGAUUCUGACAAACCUUUCAAGUUACAUAAAGUUAGCAUAUCAAAGAAAACUGCUUUAAAACAGUUUGAGGAUAAGACUGCAACAGAGUGUAAUAAAAAAUGUUAUGAAUAUCAAGAAUGUAAUUCUUAUGAGUACAAUGAAAAAUCUAAAUUAUGUGUUCUGACUAAUGUGACUCAGUUGACUGGUGAUCUUAAACCCAACUUAGGAAGCUGGGAUGUUUAUAUCAUUAGCCCAGUCUUCACAAAAGUUGACUGUGGACCACCAACAUAUGUUGUUGAUGCAAAGAAGUCUUACACUACCACCACCUAUAAAUCUGAAGUGACCUAUACUUGCCCAGAAGGAGAAACGUUUAAGUCAGUGUGUAAAGAGGACAAUAAAUGGUCUCCAGUAGUGUCUUCUUGUGAAGUUAUUGUAAUCAAAUUUGUGAAAAUAGAACAUGCGAUUCUGAAUGUACUCAGGAAAACAUUGUUACAGGAGGAAAAUGUAACAGCAAGUGCCUGUGCAAAAAAAUGUUUGUCUGACAUUACUUGUUCAUCAUUUGAAGUAACUAAAGAAAGUAGACAAUGUUACUUGUCAAAAGAUACAGCUUCCUCAAAUAAAAUAACAAUAAGCAAAGACAGAGAUUAUUACCAGCGAAUAAGACCCAAUGAUGCCGUUUUUUCCUUUAAAAGAUCUUUCAUAAAAGGGCAUGAUGCUUUUGAACGACUGAAUAAUGUGAGCUUAAAGGAAUGUGAACAAGCCUGUCAUCAGACUCCAGAAUGUCACUCUUAUGAGUACCAAGAAGCUUACAAUUUCUGUGAUCGAAGUAAUGUGACUCACUUGACUCAUCAACUUCAACCCAGCGUAUGGGGCUGGGAUCUUUACAUCAUUAACCCAGUUUACUCAAAAAUUGACUGUGGACCUCCAAAAGAUGUUGUUGCUGGUGUAGUGAAGUCCUACAAAACCACAACCUAUAAAUCUGAAGCAAACUAUGUGUGCCCAAAUGGAGUACUAAUAAAGUCAAUAUGUGAAAAGAACAAAAAGUGGACUUCAGUAGUGCCUUCUUGUAAAGUUUCUCAGAUCUAUUUUGUGAAAGUAAAGGGAGCAGUUCUGGAUGUAUCUGGGAAAAUUUUGUGGAAUAAGCAAAAUGUAUCAGUAGAAACCUGUGCAAAAAAAUGUUUUUCUGACAAAAAUUGUUUAUCAUUUGAAAUAAUUAAAGCAAGUGGAAAAUGUUACUUAUCAAAGCAAACUGCAGCUUCCUCUGAAAAAAUAAAAGCAGACAAAAGCAGAGAUUACUACCAGCGAGUAAAAUCCAAUGAUGAACCUUUUGUACUACAAAAAGUUACUUUACCAGAGCAGACUUAUAUUGGAAGGCUUAAGAAUUUGAAUUUAAAGAAGUGUAAAAAAGCUUGCUAUGUGUAUCCAGAAUGUAAUGCCUUUCAGUACAACAAGAAUACUAAAUUUUGUGAUCUAAGCAAUGUGACACAGUUGACUGAAGGACUUAGACCUAACAGUGGAAAUUGGGAUGUAUACAUACUUUCCUCAGUUUUCUCAAUAAUUGACUGUGGUCCGCCAAGAGACAUUUAUGGUACGAGAAAGUCUUACAAUACCACCACCUAUAAAUCUGAAGCAUCCUAUUCUUGUCCAAGAGGAGAAAAGCUGAGGUCAUAUUGUAAUGAGGAUAGUAAAUGGACUCCACUAAAGUCUGCUUGUGAAGCUACCGAGAUCCAUUUUAUAAAAAUAAAAUAUGCCUUUCUGGAUAUAACUGGAAAAACAUUUUUGAAAAACAAAAAAGUAACAGCAGAAGCAUGUGCAGAAAAAUGUUUGUCUGACAAAACUUGUUUAUCAUUUGAAAUAAAUAAAGAAAAUAAGAACUGUUACUUAUCAAAGGAAAGUGCAGCUACCUCCAACAAGUUAAAUCCAACCAAAAACAGUGAUUACUACCAACGAAUAAUACGUAAUUAA